AUGUUGAAGCUGCCUACCUAUGUAGAGGUGUUGGAGAAGGCCAUUAUAGCAGAAGGGAAUAUUGCUGCACAAAAUCGAAUUACUGAAUGGAAGGUGAAAAGGCAAGAUUCAAUUCCCGUAUAUGUGGAAUGUGGAAAGAAACACCAUGGGAUAUGCUAUCGGAAGACUGGAGCCUACUUCCAGUGUGGAAAAACGGGUCAUAUGAUAAGGGAUUGCCCUCAGAGGAAGCAACAAAUCAGUUCAGCGGGGUCUCCACCAACUACCAACACCAAAGCACCGGUCAAAGCUACUAAUAAUAAAGACACCACGAGACAAGGCAGGGUGUUUGCAUUAGUUCCGGGAGAUGUGCAAAAGGCGGCAAUAGUGGUGUCAGAUAAAUCAAAGGAAGUACUAUCUUAUAUGCUGUGUGUGUCUUCACCUUUGGGGGAUUCUAUGAUUUGUACCUUGAUAUAUGUUGCUUGUGAACUUCACCUUGGGGAUAUUCAGGUACACGCUAACUUGUUACCUCUCGAUAUGAUGUAUUUUGAUAUUGUACUGGGAAUGGACUGGCUGAGUGAAUAUGGUGUAACUAUAAACUGUUUGACGAAGCAAGUUAGUUUCCACCCUCCGGGUCAAGCAGAAUUUACAUUUCAGGGACAGGAGGUGACUUCUCCACCGUAUUUGAUCUCUGCAGCAAAGGCUAGUAGGUUAAUUAAGAAAGGGUGUCGAGGGUAUUUGUGUAGUGUUGUGGAAGAGCAAGUGGUGAAUGGAGGUACCGACAUAAUUCCAGUUGUUUGUGAAUUCUCGGACAUAUUUCCAGCAGAGUUGCCAGGGUAA